UAAAGUUUCCAGCUAGAGCCUCGCUCCUACAGAAAGAGACACUCUGCCAUGGUCCCCCCAGAGGAGCUUUUCUUUCCCACCCCGGCCUUGUCUUCCCUCCACACCCCGGCAGCACCACCUCCGCCCCCUCCCGGGCCGCGUGCUGGCCCUCCCUGCUGACUGUAAUCGGAGCCACCGUUCUGCUAUUCAUAGCCACCUGCCUGCUCUGGGGACAGCAGCUAACUUUGCACUGAGACUGGAGGAAAAGAAGAGGGCUGCUGCGGACGCUCAAGGGGUCCCCAUGUCCAACUCGGACGCCAUGCCCGACUACCCGCUCCACUCCGACGUGGUGAGGAGGCUGAAGUCCGCCCUGGCCGCCCAGCAUGAGGAAGCGGUGAGGGAGCUGAUCUGCACUGAAGUGGCCCCCGUGGACGCCGUGAUAGAGCUGGCCAACGACGACUGGAUGAAGGAGCUGGCCCAGCUGCCCCCGGGCGUCCUGCUAGGAGACCUGGACCACGUCCAGCUCCUCAUGGACCAGUUCUUCCAGGAUGCCAACCUGGUGUUUGAGAUCAGUAAGGACGAGAUGGAGUGGCAGGUGAAAUCCCCAGCCACGUUUGGGCUGUCAGGCCUCUGGACCCUGGAGUACAAGCGCGAGCUCACCUCGCCCCUGCGCAUCGCGGCGGCCCACGGCCACACGGCCUGCGUGCGACACCUGCUGAGCCGCGGCGCCCACCCCGACGCCAGCCCGGGGGGCCGCGCGCUGCUGGAGUAUGGCGCCUCGGUGCAGCGAGCUGGGGGCGCGGGCCAGGACACCCCUCUGCACGUGGCGGCGCAGCUCCUGCCUGCGCGCCCCCGGCCGAGGCACGGAGCACAGUGCAGGCGCUGCUGAACCACGGCUCUCCCACCGUGUGGCCGGACGCCUUCCCCAAGGUGCUGAGGACCUGUGCACCAGUCCCUGCUGUCAUUGAGGUCCUUUUCAACUCCUACAGUCAGCUCCGUGUGUCGGAGUCCUGGAAGGAGGGGAUCCCUGAUGAAGUCUAUCAGAUGCACCAGCCUUUCUACCAGUCUCUCUUCGCCCUAGCCCACACCCCACGCUGCCUGCAGCACCUCUGCCGAUGCACCCUCCGCAGACUCUUUGGCAAAAAGUGCUUUCACCUUGUGCCCCUGUUACCCUUGCCCAAGCCCUUGCAAAACUACCUGCUUUUAGAGCCGGAGGGCAUUCUGCACUGAGAACCAGAGCGCUGUGUGACACCAAGCCCCUGCCCUGUGUGGCGGAGAGCACCCAGGCCAAGAGGGGCAUAGCUGGACAGGCGUCCCACCUCCCUUGCUCACGGGAAAGGCCUCCCCCCUCUUUCUGGGGCCUGGCCAUCUGGAGAGCGUCUGUGCUCAGGACCCACCAGAACCUCAUGCUGUGAGAGAACCCCUGUUUCCAAGAGGAGCACACUUUCCGGGGCAAGUAGUCACAGGACAGUCCAGCACCAGCAGGAGCACAGUGGAGGGAUGGCGAGCCAGACUUUCUGACAUCCUCACUGUGACCACAAUCCUGAUGUCCCCUUGGCUGGAUUAAGAACCACCUGGCAUAUGAGCAAAGCACACUCCUGGGUAUGUCUGGGAGCGUCGUGGAGGUGUGGCCUUGCGUACUGCACAUGGUCCGAGGUCCCUUCCUCUCCUGCACUAUCCCCCUGCUCUGCCUCCAGCUGCCAUGAACUAAACAGCGUGAUCCUGCUUGCCUUUCUACCGUGAUUCAGUCUAACUGCCUUAGACUGAAUCCCCUGAAACCGUGAGUCAAAUUAAUAUUCUCCUCCUUCAAAUUGCAGGUGUUGGGUAUGGUGUCCCAGCAAUGAGAAACUGACUAGUGCACUCACCCAAUCCCACCUGACCCUACUCUGGAGAACAGCCUGGGAAGGCAGGUGCCAGGAGUCCACAUGGGUCAAUGAGGGUGCCUCAGCUCAGCCUGAGCACCACACAGUAAGAGAGACACCCUCACAUCAAGGACAAUGUUCCUGUCUUAUCUGUGCUGAUGCUUUGAUAUCUAAGGCCUUGUGACUCUGAAGAACAGCCUGUCCCAGGACCAGCCAGUCCCUAGAGAUAAUAACCAGCUCACCAUAGCAAGCCAACCAAUGCAGAGCCCAGACUUAGCCAUCUUCUGUCCUGGACUGUCUGACACACGGCUACCAUCCUUCCCUGAUCGCUCUAGGGCACGUGUCAGACAACUCCUCUGCCCCAGAGCUACUGAAAGUGUGCCAGCCAGCACCCUAAGCCCUCCUACCUUGUCCUCCCAUGCUUCCCCACCUCCUCCUGAACAACCCUAGUGCUUGCUUGUGUGAGCCCCUGGCAUGCUGAGCCCCCUGUUCUUGAAAACAGUGAAUAAUAAAUAGUCUGCUCAGUGAAA